AUGCCACCUCGUCCUCGCCCCGAAGUCCCUACUUCAUCACCGAAACACAAGGAUCCCGUCGUUCAACCGAAAAUGGCAGAUGUAGAUGUGAUGAUGCCAUCCCAAGGUGAAUCUUCCUCGGGAGGGAUAAGUAGGAAACACCAUUUGAUGAGUACGUUUGAAGCGUAUAGAUCAGAGCUAGAUACAGAUAACGAAAGAAGAGAACGUCUAAUCAUCUUAUCCCGAUCCAUCACCCAGCUAUCUAAGAAAUUGAUAUUCCACUUACAUCGAAAUGCGACUUCGCCAUCUCCACAGCAGAAAGAGAAGUGCCUGAGGGAAGGGAGGGCGAAGGAAAGGGAGAUAUGGAUCAAUUUCGGGAAGAUCAAAGAUGAGUUGAAGACUAUCGGAGAAGGAAGAGAGGAGGCAUUACAAGGGUACUGGAGGUGGAAUAGACAAGUCUCACCUGGCCUCGAAGAAUACAUAGAAGCUCUCUCGUUCUUAUAUUACCUCGAGAACAAAUCAUUAGUACCUCUCGAUGUAGUGCAGAAAACAUUAUCGAGUGAGAAUGGUGAACCUCUGGUCAUAGUUACGCCUGAAGAUUACAUAUUAGGAAUGUCAGACUUGACUGGUGAAUUGAUGAGAUAUGCUACUAACGCAUUAAGUACAGGAGAUCAUAAUACUCCUUUAGAAGUAUGCGAAUUCGUACGAACGGUGAAAGCGCACUUCGAUGGUAUACCUCCGCAUAUGUUAUAUAAACUAUCUAAGAAACAGGAAGAGACCACCCGAUCAUUGGAGAAGAUAGAGAAAGUCUGCUACGCGUUACGAUUGCGCUUGAUUGAGUUUGCUGAUAAGCCUGAAGUGCUGGCUAUGAUGGCUAAGAGGGCUUUGGAAGAUGCUGCUGAGAGGGAAGAGAAAGGUAGGGAGGAGUAA